GGCGGAGGCGGACCACUGCUCCAGGCGUUGCACUUUUCAUUUGGUAUCGGCAUUACAAUCGCGCCCACAAUAACCGCCAACUUUUUGUCCAGCGAAGAGUCCGGAUGUGGUGGCAGUGAAUCAGAAACAACAACAAUUACAACACUCGCCGAUCUAUUGCCGACAACAGCUGAGCCUAAAUUUGAAUCCAUACUUUACAUCCCAUACCUGAUCAGUGCGGGUAUUGUGGCGUCGGGUGGACUGGCGUUACUGGCGCUCUACAUCUACAAGAAGUAUGUGCCGCCGCGUAUACCACACGCACCGCCGGCUUUCGCCGAAGAGAUGCCCAAAGAGUUGUCAAAUAUGGAGAAGUUUGAGAUCUGGAAAGAAAAUAUUCCCUCUUCUUAUACCAUAACAUUGAUUACUGUCGGCUCGUGUCUACUCAUGACAUACUAUGGCCUCGAAGUGACUUAUUUGCAAUUUUUGGCACAAUUU